AUGCCAAAGCCUCGGGCGGCUCAGUCACCGCCAGCUCCUUCGUAUCCGACAGGCUUCGCUUUUGGAAUGACCCUGUUCGCUCUCUUCAUCUCUCUCUUUUGCGUUGCGCUGGACAGCACCAUCAUUGCCACGGCCAUUCCACGAAUCACUGACCAGUUCCACGCACUACAAGAUGUGGGUUGGUACGGGUCGUCUUAUCUCCUGACGAAAUGUGCCUUUCAACUGCCUUUUGGGAAAUGCUUCCGUUUCUUUAGUCUCAAAUGGACCUUUCUUGCUGCCUUGUUCAUCUUUGAGAUUGGCUCGAUUCUCUGCGCAGCUGCCCAGUCCUCGGAAAUGCUUAUUGUUGGUCGCACGAUCGCUGGUGUUGGGUGUGCUGGCAUCUCCAGCGGCGGCCUCAUCAUCAUCGCCAACAUCACACCCAUGGAGAAGCGAGCCACGUACCAGAGUCUUUACGGUGGAAUAUUCGGAAUUGCUUCUGUCGUGGGACCACUGGUAGGUGGAGCAUUCACUGACAAGGUAUCCUGGCGCUGGUGCUUCUACAUCAACCUCCCUCUUGGCGCAGUCUCGGCCGCUUUCAUCGUCUUCUCUUUACGCCUGCCCUCGAAGCCCAAUCCCCUCAAGGAACAAAGAAUCUUGGGACUCCUGUGGAAUCUUGACCCCAUUGGAUUCGUCCUGUUUGUUCCGAGUAUAAUUUGUCUUUUGUUCACUCUCCAGUGGGGAGGCACCACUUACGCCUGGAACAGUGGUCAAAUUAUUGCCUUGUUUGUGGUCUUCGGUGUCACGCUCAUUGCGUUUGUCUGCAGUCAGAUCUGGCUAGGUGAGGCAGGGACUGUCCCACCUCGCAUUGCCAAACAACGAACAAUCUUUGCUUCGAGUUUGUUCACAUUUUGCCUCGCGGGUACCUUCUUUCUUCUCAGCUACUUCAUACCCAUCUACUUUCAGGCUGCUGUCAAAGGGGCAACCGCUCUCAAGUCAGGUAUCGACACGAUCCCUCUCAUUCUCCCCAAUGUCAUUGGCAUCCUCUUCGCGGGCUUCGGAACAAGCAAGAUCGGAUACUACGUCCCCUUCAUCUACCUGGCGGUAAUCAUUGCCCCCAUCGGUGCCGGCCUCUUGACUACUCUUGGAUCUAACACGAGCGCGGGCAAGUGGAUUGGCUACCAGAUCCUCUUUGGCUUCGGAUCUGGCUGUGGCUUCCAACUUCCCCAAGUUGCGGCCCAGAUCGUGUUAUCCCCUCGCGACAUUCCUAUUGGAAUCUCGGUAUCGAUGCUAUUCCAAGGCUUGGGCGGUGCCGUGUUGAUCAGCGCCGCGAAUAACGUGCUCAACGAGAGGUUGCUACACUACAUCAAUGAUCUUGGAAUCUCUGGUGUGAGUGGCAUGGACGUCAUCAACGCUGGUGCCACGGGCUUCCGCAACGUCAUACCCGCUGAGCACAUCGAUCAAGUGGUUGACGCUUAUAAUCAGGCUCUCCGAAAGACCUUUCAGAUUGCCCUGAUCAUGGCGUGUCUCAGUGCUCUUCCCGCCGCCUUGUUGGAGUGGAAGAGUGUUAAGAAGGGUGGGCAUGGCUCGAUAGAGACUAAACCCAAGGCGAAUUCCGCUUCGCCUUCAACAAGCGACAUUGAGAAAGCGUCCUCCUAG